AUGGACAUCUUCUCGCUGUUCGCGCGCGGUGCGCGGCCGCAGUCGCCGGCGAGCAGCACGGCGUCGAGCGCGGUGACGGCACAGGACGUGGACGCCGUGUUAGUUGGGAGCGAAUUCUUUAGCGAAGACGGCGACGCGGACGACUCCGCGAGUGCUGCGACGGACGAGGGUGUUGCUGCAGCUGAUGACGACGAGGACGUCGCCGUGGACGCCACCGCCGCCGCUACCGACGAGGACGCCGCUCGUGUCGGUGCUGCUAGGGAUGAAAAUCCAACAGCUGGUGCCGCGUGGGAACGACUGCUCGCGACUGCCGCGACAGGUCUGGUCGAUGGUGCCAGUCUCACUGAACCGACGGACAACGGCGGGACCACCCUUCAAGACAUCGACAUUGCUGCUCAAGGUGUUGCCUUUCAUGGCGCUAUGGAUCAAGCUGCUCAUGAUGACUGUUUUCAAGAUGUUGAAGAUGUUCUAUUUGAAGACACCGCCGAUGACGAUGCUGCUGCUACGUGCCCCGACUUCGACGACUCGAUCUUCGACGCUGCGCAUCCCGCCAUGGAGACCGACUACUGCCCCGUUUUUGUCCAAGACCUUGCGGAGCUGCGUGCGCACCGACACCGGCGGCAUCGCGGGAUCCCGUUCAUGGACAUUUUUCACAGUGGAUGCGCCUGUGCCAUGUCGUUUGCCCAACGGGCAGCGGCUACUCGGCACAGCCUCCACUGUGGAACAGCUCAAGAAGCCACUUUGACUGCCAUAUCGGCGCGGCUCAUGGCACCCGCAGACACACCGGCGGCUGGAGGAGGGCCCACGGUGACACGCCGUAACCCUCCUCCAGACUUAGCCACCCCACCCACUAGUUCCUUUCGGCCGUGGCUGGCCGCUCGCUCUCGUCUUCGUGUCCCAGCUUGCUCCGCAGGAAGUUCAAGCCCAAGCCCCAGCUCAAGACCCGGUACUGCAGCGUCGCUGUCCGGAGCCAAGCGUCGACGGUUAAACUCCUCGCUGCUGGUGGAUCAAGAUGAAGACGUGAACAUGGACCACAACGAGGAUACUCCCGUUGAUGCUUUCCUCCGUCGGAUGAUGGCUUACGCCCCCGACACGAGCAACACUUCGACGACGCCCCUGCAAGAUAUUCGCCCGGCUACUGCGCCAUCUACGCCGACUGUUGUGUCGUCCGAACUCACAAGGCACGAUGUCAGUCACAACGCGGGGGCUACGGAUGAUGAAGACGAAGUUGAUGACCCCAAGGAUGACGUUUUUGAUGAACACUUUGAUGAACAUUUCGAUGACACUUUUGAUGACAAUUCUGAUGCCACUUUUGAUGACACUUUUGCUGGAGAUGAUGAACACGAUGACACUGCUACUGAACACGAUAACAAGGCUGGUACCACCGAUGACGAUGCAGGUGACAACGCUGCUGCUGGUACUGUUGCUCCGGGUGCAUUUUCUUUAGCCCACGACCAUGAUUCCACGAUGAAUGCCCAAGACCCUGAGCCCACUUCCUGGACGCUGUUCUUUGGUGGAGCGUGUCGCCGACGAUCGAUGGUAUCUGGUGCCGCUGCUGGGGCAGGAGCCAUACUGUUUCAAGGCACGGUGAUCCAGUGGACCAUUUCUCGGUAUCUGGACAGCACGACGCAGACCGACAACACUGCAGAGUAUAUUGCUCUGGUUGAAGGACUUCGUGGCGCUCAACACCAUGGCGUGCGUCGCAUCAAGGUGAUGGGUGACAGUGCGCUGGUUUUGGAGCAAGUGCGUGGACGCUACUCGUGCAAUAACGCUCGACUUCGACGUUUGAGGAACAAGGCUCGCACUCUCCUUCGCAGCUUCGACCACUACGAUCUGGUUCAUGUGGACAGGAUGGAGAACCAGGCGGCUGACCGGUUGGCAAACCGAGCUGUUGACACCUCAAGAACUCGAACCGAGUGUGCUGGUCACGGUAUUGAUGGUGCUAGCUGUAGCUCGUGUGAUCCCUUGCACCUGAUUAUUGAAGAAGGAUCUUCAAGACGUACUGCUGACUUGAUUGACGGCGCUGUGGACAUGGAUAUCUCAAGUGGAGAUGAAGAGUAUGAAGCCACGAUUGCCGAUGAAGAUGCUGCUGCUAAUUUUGUCUGCCGUGGCAGAGGUAGGACAUUCCCAGUACUCCCUGUCACCGCGGACAGUGUGCCAGCUCGGCAACCCAGACUGAAGUUACGAUCCAAGCUUCGCGAUGACGAGCAAGAAGCUGCUCGAUUGGCGGUGAAGCAGGUUGGUGACGACUUUGCGGACAAGAUCUCCGAUGUUGAAGACUGGGAAACCGCAGAAGGCUACUUGGCUGCUCUCACGCCAUCUAUCUAUGCUGCGCUCCUGUCAUUUUUGCAGCGCUAUCGACCACCUCGUCGAACUCAGAACCAACCUGGCACUUCGAACCGUCAGCAAGGACGUCGCAGGCCGUCGCAGACACCUAGUAACCAACACUUAAUAUGA